AUGGCUACAUCUUCCACAUCUCCCGACACCUCUUCAACAAGUGUACCUAAUGGUACAACCAAACAAUAUAAUCUUCGCAAUCCGCUUCCGCUCUCAGCCCCCCAAGAACAAGAAGUGAAACUGCUGUACUACAAGCGAGUGCGCGCCCAUUGCGCCCCCGAGAUUAAAGCAUUCGCCGAGUGUGCCGUUAACCGCACUGUCACUGCAACAUGGGUCUGCCGCCAGCAACGCCUCGCAAUGAAUUCAUGCAUGGUCGCCCACGCGAAGCCGGAAGAAGAGGACCGGGCACGUGAGGAAUGGUUCGCAGGGUACGAGGAACGGCGACGCGCGCGCGAGGAGGAACUUGCACGUGUUGAGAAGCGGCGUGCGGAAGUUAUUAGCAUGAUGCGCGAGGAUGAAGCGCGGACGCGAGCGGCUGGAAAAUGA